AAGCAUUUGACGGCGGCGGCGCGCUCGUUAGGGCAGCGGCGGUGUGCCGGAUAGAGUGCCGGGGGAUGCCACGUUGCCGCCCACACCGCGCGCGCUCGCGCUGCCGGCGCCGUCCCUUACAAAAUCAACAGCGGGCGGCGCGAUUUGGGCGAAGAACGCAGCGCGACGAAGACGCUUCUGCGCCCACGACUGCAGGCCACGCCUCACGGGCCGGGCGGGCGGCUCUUGGACGAUGUUCCGGACCGACUCGGACGCCGCAAGACGGCCACAGCUGGCGCCAUGCCGAUGGGCGGCGGCCCGCCCGAGCUUAUUCACCGCGCCGGCCGGCGCGGCCCCUGUUUCGAUGGUGCCGGCGCCGGCCCCCGCCGCCAGAAGUGCGGGCGCCCGCAGCCACCUGCGCGGAUUCGGUUGGAAAAACACCAGCCGGCGCGAGGGGUUGGGUUGUGGCUCCGUGAUGCCCCCCACCUCGCCCGCAUUCUAAGAGUGGCCCGAUCUUGGCCCCAGUGGCGCCCCUCAGCUGGUGUUGCGUUUUUAUUUCCGCUCACGCCCCUCCCGACCGGCAUGUUGAUCGUGGCCUCUCUGCAUGUACAGAAGCUGCGGCGACCGCGGCUAGUCGCUGCUCCCGCACAGAGCAGUCAUCGCUGGCGCUGUGGUUGUCCUUGCCCUGGCAGGGCCGCUGCAGUUGCCUUCGCCGCCUGUGAAGGUUGGUCGGGGAGCUUGCUCCAGAGUACCGAGAGUGUAUAUAGUGGGCCAGCGUUGUCGCCAGGAUCAGGAAUCGAAUUCUUCGAAGCCCUUUUGCGCCAUAUUGUAAGCUGAGGCUUAUGCUGUCG